UUCGACCUUUUUUCCUUAUAUGCAUUGCAGCUGCCAAAAUAACCCGAGAAUCUCCAGCAUAUCCUACCAGGUAUAUAAAUGGCGUGAGAGGUGAUUCUCUCUCGUCUCAUUCCUUUGUUGGUUUUCGAUCCUCUCUUUUGCACAACGAGAUGAAUCGCCUGAUUGGCACUAUUUUUGUCGUUCUCUUGGUGAUAGUGGCCGUGACGUUGGCUAAUGAUGAAAGGGAGGACAUUCGCCAAAAGAGACAAUUUGGCGGAACGCUUGGAUUGUUAAACGGCUUUUUGUAUGGAUACGGUCAUCCCGGAUACGGAUAUGGACGCUAUCCGUAUUACGGCUAUCCAUACCCUUACGUUGGGCACAGACCAGCUUAUCGGCCGUACCAUUAUUUUGGUCAUCGUUGGACUGGAUAUGGUUGGUGAAAUUCUUUAUUUAAAAAAAUAAUGCACGCAUGACGAGAAAUUGUUUCAUGAGAAAAGGGUAAAAGGGGAUUUAUUAUUAUGCUCCGCCUGUUUUGGUGAUGGUUCCGAUUUAAAUGUUGACGUCAUUGCAAUUCUUUUGUCAAUCACCGACCCUUGUUCCCCAUGUCAUUCAAAAGUCACCCUCGUGAAUUCUACUUCGGAUUGUAAAACUCCCUAUUUUUGAGCUCCCUCUGUCACGCUGUUGUCACUAAUUAUUUGCCUCUCCCCUUUCAUUGACGACCCACAUUUUCAGACCCCCUGAAAUGCAAAAAUCGAUUUAAUGAACUUA